AUGUCAGGCGACCUAGUCGGUGUGUGGGAGGUAGCGCUGAGUGACGGUGUUCACAGGAUCGAAUUUGAGCAUGGCACAACCACGGGAAAACGGGUUAUCUACAUCGACGGCAAGGAAGUCCUGCGGAGAGACUGGAUGUUCAAACUGGUCGGGAAGGAGACGUUUAACGUCGGGAACGCAGACACCAAGGCCACCAUCAACAUCGACGCGGUCAGCGGCUUUGCCUACGAGUACACUCUGGAGAUCAAUGGGCAGAGUCUGAAAAAGUACAUGGAGAACCGUUCCAAAGUCACCAGCACGUGGCUACUCAACCUAGAUGGCAUCGACUGCAGGGUAGUACUGGAGAAAGACACCAUGGACAUCUGGUGCAACGGACAAAAAAUGGAGACAGCGGGUGAGUUUGUGGAUGACGGCACGGAGACUCACUUCACGCUGGGCGACCACGACUGCUGCAUCAAGGCCGUGAGCAGCGGCAAGAAGAGAGAUGGCAUCAUACACACACUCCUAGUGGACGGCACAGAGGUGUCCGAAGCCACAGAGUGA